AUGGUUAAGAUCCCCCCUAAGAAGCGCAUAGCUUCACACUCACAGGAGCCGUAUCCCGCUCCUGUCCGCAACCGCGGCAAGCGGGAGGAAGGCGAGGGAAGAAUAAUCAACCUCGCGUCUAUCCCGAAAUACGGGGAGGCGAGAACACACACCAACACCGCCGCGCCCUUGGGUCGUCGGAGACCGACUCCCAUGGAGUAUCUCGAGCAGAUCUACUCAGGGGUAAUAUUCGACGCAGUCAUGAAGCCGACUCGACAGCCUCGGGUUAUCCCAGGUAUACCAGCCGUCUUCGUAGUCGGCUUCACGAAAAAUACCUGGAGAGCCAAGACCCCCGAGACCGGCAUCGUGGGCACGUACAGCACCGCCGAAGCGGCGAAUAUCCAGGUCAUGACGUUCUUCAACGGCGAGUUCCCCGCCCUGACGCGCCGGAUGCGCGAGGCGAGUGGGGAGAAGUACGUUAUGAAGACCCCGCGGUUGGACGGUGAUGGGUUGGCGUAUUGGGUCGAUAUGGAUAAUUGUCUCCAGCUUUUCGGACGCGAUGGCUCGGGUCGGUACGCGGUUUAUGCGUGUAGGCAGGAGGUUAAGGGGGAUGGGUUUGAUGGCCCGUAUUUGAAGUCUGGGGACCCGAGGGAGAGGUUGACGGCGGAGGAGGAGGGGUUGCAGGCGCAUCUUGCUAAUCGGUUUCAUCGCGCUGUGUGA